AUGCCCGCUUCCGCGCCCGUCAUCCGCAUGAAAAAGUCGUCGAAGGCCAAAGGCAGCCUUGGAGGUGUGGCCUACAGCCACUUCGUCGCGUUCGACAACCUUUCCAAGAGACUCGGCGGAACGGUGCCGUACUGCUGCCUCGCGGGCGUGUUCGACAAGGCGAUACUCUACCAGAGUCGAGAGGGCGUGGUUCUCCACCUGACACUGCGCAACUACGUCGGACAGACCAUCGACAUCGAUCUUGUCCCGACACCAAGUGAUAGCGUCGCGCUCAGGACUCCGUUCCUCGACGUCAAAAUCGGCGAUCUGGCCGUCUUCAAGAGCCACAACGGCGAUCAAGACGGCCCCGACAAGGUCCGCAUCGUCUUCGGCGCCCUCAUCAAGUCCAACUGCAAGCUUGUCUUGGUUUCGGAGGCCGAUCUCUCUGCCGAUCAUCAGCUUUCGUUCCGCAGGAUCGAUAGCUCCUCGUGGCUGCACGACGGCUGGCAGAGGCAGGUUGAUGUAGCCUUCGACGUGUCCAAACUCGACUGGCCCGGAUUCCUCAAGAAACCCCUGUGUGAUCACUUCAUGAACUGGAAACCACCUCUCGGUGCAGUCGCGGGAGCGUCAAAGGGGGCACCACCGAUGCAGCGCCGCCUGGCGAAGAAACGUGAUCUGAAACUCCAGACUCACAGGCAGUCCGACCGUGAACAGACGGAGGCGCAGCUAUUCGAGCGGGUCCAGUGGCCGCCCCGUCGUAAAGGCAUGGGCCCGAUUGGCCUUCCAUCGAGUUUGCUUCACAGGUCCGCCAAAGAGUCCGGCGCAAAGAGAGUUGCGGGCGAAGGCACGAGCAAGACGCCUGGCGAGCCUCUGAUGCAGAAGCGGUCUCGAAAGGCGACAUGA